CCUGUCGCUAUAAAGUGAAUCAUCAGUUAAUAUUUGUUUCGUGCCAUGUAUUUCUAAUUGUUAAAUUAUUUUACACUGUGCUUAUUUUAUAAUAUAAAAUUUUGUGCUACAUUGGAAAGAAUAUUUUUUAUUUGAAUUUUUUGAAGUUUAAUUCGUAAUGGGUAGAAGAUAUUAUUGUGAAUAUUGUGACAGAUCGUUUAAGGAUGACCCAGAAGCCAGAAAAAAACAUCUUUCAAGUUUGCAACAUGCGAAAAAUCGUGCAGAUCAUUAUAAUAUGUUCAAAGAUCCAGAAAUUAUUUUAAGGGAAGAAUCUACAAAGAUACCAUGUAAAUGGUAUUUAACUAAUGGUGAAUGUGCAUUUGGUCUUGGUUGCAGAUAUUCCCAUUAUACUCCUCCUAUGAUAUGGGAACUUCAACGUCUUGUUGCUAUGAAAAAUCAAUCAAAAUUGAAUAUAAAUCUUGAAAAUGGCUGGCCAAAUCCUGACGACAUAAUUAAAGAAUAUUUUGAGAAUAAUACAAGCGCAAGCACUACAGAUGAUUUUACAUAUCCUAAUUGGCAUAGACCAUCAGAGCUACGUGAUUAUUCUAUGCUAUCACCAUCGCUAUGGCCUAUUACACCUGAAAGUUUAGCAAAUACUACGAGAUUUGAAGAAUGGGGUUAAAAAUAUGCACCAUCUUACGAGGCAAGAAUGAAUCAGACUCGGUACUGUUCGGUAUUUGUCGGUAACUUCCGUGACUACCAUCUGUCCUCCAUCAUCCCCUCCACCAAUCACCGAUCAGAAAGGCGAGCACACAAUGAAC